CUCUUUCCUUCUCUGGCAGGUGUGCCCGCUGCUUCUGGGAGUGACCGACCAGGGCCGCAGGGAUGGCUGGGGCCUCGGUGAAGGUGGCGGUGCGUGUCCGCCCCUUCAACUCCCGGGAAAUGAGCCGCGACUCCAAGUGCAUCAUUCAGAUGACUGGGAGCACCACCACCAUCAUUAACCCCAAACAGCCCAAGGAGACACCCAAGAGCUUCAGCUUCGACUACUCCUACUGGUCACACACGUCGCCAGAGGACAUCAACUACGCCUCGCAGAAGCAGGUGUACCGGGACAUCGGCGAGGAGAUGCUGCAGCACGCCUUCGAGGGCUACAACGUGUGCAUAUUCGCCUACGGGCAGACGGGGGCCGGCAAAUCCUACACCAUGAUGGGCAAACAGGAGAAAGACCAGCAGGGCAUCAUCCCACAGCUCUGCGAGGACCUGUUCUCCCGAAUCAAUGACACGACCAACGACAACAUGUCCUACUCCGUGGAGGUCAGUUACAUGGAGAUCUACUGUGAGCGAGUCCGCGACCUUCUGAACCCCAAGAACAAGGGCAACCUUCGUGUGAGGGAGCACCCUCUCCUGGGGCCCUACGUGGAGGACCUGUCCAAGUUGGCUGUGACCUCCUACAAUGACAUCCAGGACCUCAUGGACUCUGGGAACAAGGCCAGGACGGUGGCGGCAACGAACAUGAAUGAGACGAGCAGCCGCUCCCACGCUGUAUUCAACAUCAUCUUCACGCAGAAGCGCCAUGAUGCUGAAACCAACAUCACUACAGAGAAAGUCAGCAAAAUCAGCCUGGUGGACCUGGCCGGGAGUGAGCGGGCUGACUCCACGGGAGCCAAGGGCACACGCCUUAAGGAGGGGGCCAACAUCAACAAGUCGCUGACCACCCUGGGGAAGGUCAUCUCGGCCCUGGCUGAAAUGGACUCCGGGCCCAACAAGAACAAGAAGAAAAAGAAGACCGACUUCAUCCCAUACCGGGACUCCGUGUUGACCUGGCUGCUCCGGGAGAACCUGGGUGGGAACUCGAGGACAGCCAUGGUGGCCGCCCUGAGCCCAGCUGACAUCAACUAUGACGAGACCCUCAGCACCCUGAGGUAUGCCGACCGGGCCAAGCAGAUCCGCUGUAAUGCUGUCAUCAACGAGGACCCCAACAACAAGCUGAUCCGUGAGCUGAAGGACGAGGUGACACGGCUGCGCGACUUGCUGUAUGCCCAGGGGCUCGGCGACAUCACCGACGCCAACACUGUGCCUGGAGGACCUAAAUACAUGUCCGACCUUGAGAACAAUAACCACAGCCGUGGCGGGGCGCCGCUGAGUCCAGCCCCUGACACUCUCUCCACAGUGACCGAAGCCCUGGCCGGCAUGAGCCCCUCGUGCUCGCUCUCGGCCCUGUCCAGCCGUGCAGCCUCCGUGUCCAGCCUGCACGAGCGCAUCUUGUUUGCCCCGGGCAGCGAAGAGGCCAUCGAGAGGCUGAAGGAAACAGAGAAGAUCAUUGCUGAGCUCAAUGAGACCUGGGAGGAGAAGCUGCGGCGGACGGAAGCCAUCCGCAUGGAAAGGGAAGCCCUGCUGGCCGAGAUGGGCGUGGCCAUGAGAGAGGACGGCGGCACCCUGGGUGUGUUCUCUCCCAAAAAGACACCACAUCUGGUCAACCUGAACGAGGACCCUCUGAUGUCCGAGUGCCUCCUCUAUUACAUCAAAGACGGGAUCACCAGGGUGGGCCGGGAGGAUGGCGAGCGGCGGCAGGACAUCGUCCUGAGUGGGCACUUUAUCAAGGAGGAGCACUGUGUGUUCCGGAGCGACUCCCGGGGUGGCAGUGAAGCCAUAGUUACCCUGGAGCCCUGUGAGGGGGCGGACACCUAUGUCAACGGCAAGAAAGUCACGGAGCCCAGCAUCCUGCGGUCAGGCAACCGCAUCAUCAUGGGCAAGAGCCACGUGUUCCGCUUCAACCACCCCGAGCAGGCGCGCCAGGAGCGCGAGCGCACACCCUGCGCCGAGACGCCCGCUGAGCCCGUGGACUGGGCCUUCGCGCAGCGCGAGCUGCUGGAGAAGCAGGGCAUCGACAUGAAGCAGGAAAUGGAGCAGAGGCUGCAGGAGCUGGAGGACCAGUACCGCCGAGAGCGGGAGGAGGCCACCUACCUGCUGGAGCAGCAGCGCCUGGACUACGAGAGCAAGCUGGAGGCCCUGCAGAAGCAGAUGGACUCCCGGUACUGCCCCGAGGUGAACGAGGAGGAGGAGGAACCGGAGGAUGAAGUGCAGUGGACGGAGCGGGAGUGCGAGCUGGCGCUGUGGGCCUUCCGGAAGUGGAAGUGGUACCAGUUCACGUCCCUGCGGGACUUGCUGUGGGGCAAUGCCAUCUUCCUCAAGGAGGCCAAUGCCAUCAGCGUGGAGCUCAAGAAGAAGGUCCAGUUCCAGUUUGUCCUCCUCACGGACACGCUCUACUCCCCGCUACCACCUGACCUGCUGCCCCCAGAGGCUGCCAAGGAGCGGGAGACGCGCCCCUUCCCCCGCACCAUCGUGGCCGUGGAGGUCCAGGAUCAGAAGAACGGGGCCACCCACUAUUGGACGCUGGAGAAGCUCAGACAGCGCCUGGACCUGAUGCGGGAGAUGUAUGACCGGGCGGCCGAGGUGCCGUCCAGCGUGGUGGAGGACUGUGACAACGUGGUGACCGGCGGCGACCCCUUCUACGAUCGCUUCCCCUGGUUCCGGCUGGUGGGCAGUUCAGUCAUCUCUGGCUGCGACAGCUACCCUCUUCUGAGCACAUGCAUGAGCGAGCGCAUGGCUGCUCUCACCCCCUCCCCCACCUUCUCGAGCCCCGACUCCGACACCACCGAGCUUGCCGAGGAGCAGAGCGUGGGGGAGGAGGAGGAGGAGGAGGAGGAGGAGCACCUGGAGGACGACGUCUUUCCGGAGCACACGCUGUGCGACGGCCGGGACCCGUUUUACGACCGGCCCCCCCUGUUCAGUUUAGUAGGAAGGGCCUUCGUGUACCUGAGCAACCUGCUGUACCCCGUGCCGCUGGUGCACCGUGUGGCCAUUGUCAGCGAGAAGGGCGAGGUCAAGGGCUUUCUCCGCGUGGCGGUGCAGGCCAUCUCAGCCGACGAGGAAGCCCCUGACUACGGCUCUGGCGUCCGCCAGUCGGGGACCGCCAAGAUCUCCUUUGAUGAUCAGCACUUUGAGAAGUUUCAGUCCGAGUCGUGCCCUGUGGGAGGGAUGUCGCGUUCGGGCACCUCCCAGGAGGAGCUCCGCAUCGUGGAGGGCCAGGGCCAGGGUGCAGACGUGGGGCCCUCGGCCGACGAGGUCAACAACAACACCUGCUCAGCGGUGCCCCCGGAAGGCCUCCUGCCAGACAGCCCUGAGAAAGCCGCCCUGGACGGGCCCCUGGACGCGGCCGGGCAGCACCUGAGGCUCAGCAGCACCUUCACGUUCCGCGUCACAGUGCUGCAGGCCUCCAGCAUCUCGGCCGAGUACGCCGACAUCUUCUGCCAGUUCAACUUCAUCCAUCGCCACGACGAAGCCUUCUCCACAGAGCCCCUGAAGAACACGGGCAGGGGCCCCCCGCUCGGCUUCUACCACGUCCAGAACAUCGCUGUGGAGGUGACCAAGUCCUUCAUUGAGUACAUCAAGAGCCAGCCCAUCGUGUUUGAGGUCUUUGGCCACUACCAGCAACACCCGUUCCCACCGCUGUGCAAAGAUGUGCUCAGCCCCCUGAGGCCCUCACGCCGCCAUUUCCCUCGUGUGAUGCCGCUGUCCAAACCAGUGCCUGCCACCAAGCUCAGCACAUUGACAAGACCAAGCCCUGGGCCCUGCCACUGCAAAUACGACCUCCUGGUCUACUUCGAGAUCUGUGAGCUGGAGGCCAAUGGCGACUAUAUCCCAGCCGUGGUGGACCACCGUGGGGGCAUGCCAUGCAUGGGCACCUUCCUGCUCCACCAGGGUAUCCAGAGACGGAUAACUGUGACACUCCUGCAUGAGACAGGCAGCCACAUCCGCUGGAAGGAAGUGCGGGAGCUGGUCGUGGGUCGUAUCCGGAACUCUCCAGAAACUGACGAGUCUCUUGUUGACCCCAACAUCUUGUCUCUCAACAUCCUGUCGUCAGGGUACGUCCACCCGGCUCAGGAUGACCGAACAUUCUACCAGUUCGAGGCCGCAUGGGACAGCUCCAUGCACAACUCCCUCCUGCUCAACCGAGUCACCCCAUACCGGGAGAAAAUCUACAUGACCCUAUCUGCGUACAUUGAGAUGGAGAACUGCACGCAGCCGGCCGUGGUCACCAAGGACUUUUGUAUGGUCUUCUAUUCUCGCGAUGCCAAGCUGCCUGCCUCACGCUCCAUCCGCAACCUGUUUGGUAGUGGGAACCUGCGGGCGUCCGAGAGCAACCGUGUGACCGGCGUGUAUGAACUCAGCCUGUGCCAUGUGGCGGAUGCGGGUAGCCCAGGGAUGCAGCGUCGGCGCAGGCGUGUGCUGGACACAUCCGUGGCCUACGUCCGCGGGGAAGAGAACCUGGCGGGCUGGAGGCCCCGCAGUGACAGUCUCAUCUUGGACCACCAGUGGGAGCUGGAGAAGCUGAGCCUUCUACAGGAGGUGGAGAAGACCAGGCACUACCUGUUGCUGCGGGAGAAGCUGGAGACGCAGCGCCCGGCCCCCGAGGUGCUGUCCCCGAGCUCCAGCGAGGACUCCGAAUCCCGCAGCUCCUCGGGCGCCUCCUCCCCGCUCUCGGCCGAGGGUCGCCCGGCGCCCCUGGAGGUCCCCAGCGAGAGGCAGCGGGAGCUGGCCGUCAAGUGUCUGCGCCUCCUCACGCACACCUUCAACAGGGAGUACACCCACAGCCAUGUCUGCGUCAGCGCCAGUGAGAGCAAGCUCUCUGAGAUGUCUGUCACCCUGCUGCGGGACCCGUCCAUGUCCCCUCUGGGGGCAGCCACACUCACCCCCUCCUCCACCUGCCCCUCUCUGGUUGAAGGGCGGUACGGUGCUGCUGACCUGAGGACCCCCCAACCUUGCUCCCGGCCAUCCAGCCCCGAGCCUGAGCCCACCCUGGAGGCUGAGACCAAGAAGUUCCCAUCCCCCGCCCGGGCCCCUGAAGCUGACAAAGAGCCUCAGCGCCUGCUGGUACCUGAUAUCCAGGAGAUCCGAGUCAGCCCGAUCGUCUCCAAGAAGGGUUACCUGCACUUCCUGGAGCCGCACACGGCUGGCUGGGCCCGGCGCUUUGUGGUGGUACGGCGCCCCUAUGCCUACAUGUACAACAGCGACAAGGACGCCGUGGAGCGGUUCGUACUCAACCUGUCCACCGCCCAGGUGGAGUACAGCGAGGACCAGCAGGCCAUGCUCAAGACGCCCAACACAUUCGCCGUGUGCACCGAGCACCGGGGCAUUCUGCUGCAGGCUAACAGCGACAAGGACAUGCAUGACUGGCUAUAUGCCUUCAACCCCCUUCUGGCUGGAACGAUCCGGUCCAAGCUGUCUCGAAGGAGGUCUGCCCAGAUGAGGGUCUGAGCCUCGA